UAUUAAAAUUGUACUUCGUAUGCAAUGAUGUUUAAUUGUGUCAUUAUUAUGUACGUAACAUGAAGUAAUUGCAUCGAGGAAUUCUGAAUUGUGUAAUAUGAUAAGACUUGAGGACAUUUUUAUUUUACGAUCGUUACCUUUGAAAUUUUGAAAACUUAUCGAACUUUUAUGACAGUCUACUAUGCAUUUCGCCAUCCUUGACAUUGAACAGAGAUCGGACGAGAAUGGUAGCUAUGUGAGUUAUGGCAUAUCAAUAAAUGGCGGAUUUCAUAGUUCCAUUCGAUACAGAAACCUUCGUGUACUACAUGAACAGUUAAAGAAAGAGUUUGGUGAUCAUGUCCCAGAUAGUUUCCCACCCAAAAAAAUUCUCUCAUUGAAUCACGCACAAUUGCAGGAAAGAAGAGACUUGCUUGAGAAAUAUUUACAGGCUAUCAGUCAAGAUCCCAUGCUUAUCAACAGCAAAACCUUUAUCAAAUUUCUUCUAAACGCCCAAAAAGAAACAUGUGAAGUUGAAGAAAAAGAUGUUGAGUUGGAUGUAUAUUUAUUGAAUGGCAAAAAGUUCCAGGUCAAAGUGAAGAAUACAGCUUCAACAGAUCAUGUAAUGGAGUUGGCAAUGUCCCAUAUCAAAUUACCGGAAAACAUGGCCCAGUAUUUUUCACUAUUUCUUGUUGAAAUGGAAGAUGAAGAAAGCUUAGUAGUUGUGCGUAAAUUACAAGGAUUUGAGUCUCCUUCACUUGUACUUUUACCUCAAAAGCAAUCUCAUCGAUUGAUCGUCAGAAAAAAUUUCUGGGAUUCAAGUAUAGAAGACGAAUUGUACGAGGAUAAGAUAGCAUUAAAUCUCUUAUUUGUUCAGGCCGUGUGUGAUGUUGAGAGAGACUGGGUCAUAACUUCUCCAGAGACGAUGGAACAGUUGAACACUCUUAAAAUAAAAAACGAGCGAAAAAAGUACUUACAACUAGCAAGAAAACAGAAAUUUUACGGCUAUGUUCAGUUCAAACCGUGUUUGAUGGAUUUUCCAGAGAGUGAAACACGUGUCCUCAUCAAUACUGGUGGUUAUGAGUUGAAUUUUAGAAUUAUUGGAAGUCAGAAUACUAAAGGAAAAGAGGGCAAUUUCAAGGUUACCAGAAUACGAUGUUGGCGCGUCAUUUCUUCGCGAGAAAGCAAGAAUGACGAUAUUAUAACAAAAAUCUGUUUUGAAUAUCUGUUUAGCAAAUCAAAAUUACAAUGGAUUACAAUCGUAAGCGAUCAGGCAAUGUUGAUAAGUUUAUGUUUACAAGGAAUGGUGGAUGAGUUGAUCAAGAAUCGAGCAAAAAAUGAAAACGAAACAUCAAAAAGUACGACGCAAGUUUCUUUGGCCAAAGAAAAAACAUCCAGUGCACACAAAAAGGACACUUUGAAAGAAAGAAACGAAGAAGAAACAAAAUCUGAUGAGACAUCCGUGGAUGGAAAUGACGAGGACAAAAAUGAAGAAUUACCGUCGACGAAUCGAAGAUCUAAGAAGGUAAAAUCUAAGAAAAUUCUCUCCGUGAAAAAUGAGGUAUUCGCUCAACAUAUUAACGACGAUGACUUGUAAUGAAAGGUUUCGUUCAUACUUUUACUCAAAAUGAAACAUUGUAAAUUCUUGCGCUCUAUGUAUAUAAAUCAUCAAUUCAACCGUGGUUUAAUUGUGAACUAAACAGAAAUAUAGCGUCUCCUCACCUGUUAAACUUUCGACACAUAAAAUCAUAAAUGAAAUCAUAAAUAGGCAGGAGGACAUACGAAAUAGAUCAGCUACAAUUGAAAUGAUUAAAUUUGAAUUUUUUUUUGUCAUAA